AUGCCCAGCAUGGAGGAUACCAACGACCACGCCCUUUCAUCUUCUUCAGAAGAGUCAGCCGACGUUGCUGACGGCAACAGCGGCAAAGUGACCUCGAAGGAGAACAUCCAGUCCGAGUCUCGACCCAAAGGUCCUCUCAAAACAAUCCCGUUCUCAACCCUCUUAUCCACCCCGCUUGCUCAGAGAGACAUUAAUCUUCUUGUAGCAAAGCAUAAACACCAGGCCAGUGUCGCCGAUGCUCUCAAAAACGAGGACGGUGAUCUGCUCGAGGCGUACUGCCGAUUCGUGGAUUGGACACUAGAGAAUUAUCCUGACGGUCAGAGCGCGGAGUCAGGUCUGAUUGAGCUGCUGGAGGAAGCUACGCGAGUUUUGAAGGAGAAUAGAGGGGGGAAGUGGAAAGGCAAGAUCGAAUAUCUCAAGCUGUGGACGUUGUAUGCCAGCUACGUGGAGAAGCCCGCCAUAAUCUUCAAGUUCCUUCUCGCAAAUGACAUCGGCACCACUCACGCACUGCUUUACGAAGAGCAUGCGAAUGCAUUGGAAAAGGCGGGGAGGCACGCCGAUGCUGACGAUGCGUACCUCCUGGGCAUCACCCGGCAAGCCUCUCCUCUCGAACACCUUCAGAGCAAGCAUCGCGAGUUACAGAAGCGCAUGUUAUCCUCUGGAUCACCGCCCCCUUCCGAGUCCACCGACGUCUAUAGUGCCCAACAACAACCAUCAUUCACACGAUUUGCCAAUCAUGAGCCGUCGACAUCAACGGCUUCCUCCCUAUCUGCGGCGCCUGUUAUUCCCGGUAUGGUGCUGCUAAGGGCUCCGGACACUACAGAGGAUGUCACGGCGCCGUCGACUGUGGCGCCUACGAUUACACCAGCCAUAGAUGAGACCACCGCGGCUCGUGUGAGUACGACUGGAAAUGUCCAUGGCACGAUCAUAGGCUCGGGGUCCAAGGGUUUAGGACCGGCUGUGAUUAACGUUGCGGAUAUUUACAUAGAGGCUCUGAGGAAGAACCCGCUGAAGAAUUAUUCGAGCACUGAGCCUGGCGUUGAGCACGUUGAGUGA